GACAGCAGAACCUCGCUGAUAAAAUUUCGCGUAAUGCUAGACGGUAUUGCAGCAUGCCCCCAGGGGAGCUGGAGCAAUAAUAACGCAGCAGCAAGAAUCCGCCCCGCGUACUGCUCACUCUUGGCGCCCCUCCACCACAGCGGUGCUGAUGCUGAGGGUUGUGCGGUGCGCUGCUCUGCUACAAGUUCAGCCAGUCACUCUUGUUGCUGCAGCGUGGAGAGAUCAAGCCCUUUCAAGCGGCGCAGUAUCGCUGCGGAAGCACAGCACGUUCUUUGUUUGUACACAAGACUGCCCAGAAAGUGACUUUGUUACUAGAGAUUUUCCCCUUAAAUGUUUACAUGUUAAAUUCAAGCACGUCGUUUUUCACAAGGAUGCAACGGGGAGAGAGCGCGGGACAGGAGGCUUUUGAGUGAUUUGUUCCUGUGUGGAGUUUUUUGUCGUUGUGGAUGGAUAAGGCGCGUGCACGUUCAGAAGAAGAUGGUUUUCUGAUGACUGUGGAUUGAAUGGAGCUGCGGAAUUGAAGUAAAUUAAUUACUGUUGAUCCAGGAGGAGGGAUGCCCAUAUGCCCAAAAGGAGAAGCAAUAGAGGAGUUCUGUCUUUUUAUCUAAUUGCCCAAAGCUCGCAUUUAUAAUUUAAUUCAUUGUAAAGAGGAGACUCUAUCUCCAGCUUUUAUCAGAUUUAUACAAUAAUUGUAAAACUAAAUGAUGAAACAUGAAGAGAAAUAUGUUUAAUUCACGUAUGGGAAUUUAGCAUUUCAAAACGUAUCGAUUACACAAGAUAUUUUCUUGAAGACCGGGAGUUUUUUUUCCAUACAUUUGUCGCUUUGUGCUUGAAGAAUGGCGAUUAAUACAGAUCCAGAGUUUGAGAAAUCCACCCUGGGAGAAAAUGCCGCCGCGCAGCCCCCCGAGUCCCAUGAGACGGAGAAACUUCUCAGCGUCACCACCACCGAGCCCGGGGGCAAUGGGAUGAAGAUGUCCAGCUCCUUCACCGUAAAUAUGGGCAGCGACAAAGCCUUGGAUGCUGACCAAAACGGCCACAGUGUGCCAUUGAGGUCUGGUUCCGCAGGGCACCUAGGGGCUGCUCCGCUGUCCCCGUCCCGAGUCAGUUUAAGUCGCACUUCUUCCACUGGGAAUGCCGCGCAAGAGCAACAGAAGCCCAAAGACUAUCUUAUUUUGGUUAUUCUGUCCUGCUUUUGUCCCGUCUGGCCCCUCAGCAUCGUUGCACUGGUAUAUUCAAUUAUGUCCAGAAACAGUCAGCAGCAGGGCGACUUGGAUGGAGCUCGGAGACUGGGGCGUCUGGCUCGCCUCCUCAGUGUCGUGUCCAUCAUCCUGGGCCUGGUGAUCAUUAUUGUCUACACAGUAGUAUUAACAACACAAUGAAAUUAACAUGCCGAAAAACAAGCAACAGCAAGGCCACGUAUAAUUAGAAAAUACCUCCUUCUCAGCAACCGACAAAAAAAGAAAAAAAUGAAAAAAAAAAACAGAUGCAAAGUAAAUUCAUAGGUGCAAGUGAUGCAUGCUUUAGGGUUACAAUAUGCUUGAUGAAAAAGAAUAUAAAACCUGAUAUACUGUCCAACGUGUCCAAAAGUAAUUAGUGGUUAUGACUUGCAUUCAGUACACAAGCCGCACUCAGCUGUGCAGAUUCGAUGAGAGAACAACAGAGGAAGAAGCUGACGGAGGUUUCUCAGUUGUACAAGGACCACUGGGCCUGAAGGGAACCAAUGGACUUUGCAUAACCAUUCUUUAGUCCCAGCUGACUAAAAUAUAUGAAUAUAUUUGCAACAUACAUAUUAUAUAUAUAUAUAAUAUAUAUAUAUAUUGAUGUACAUUUUUAAAGAGAUUUGUAUGCAGUGGUUGCAGUCAGAGAGUCACUGUUUGUUGGUUGCCUUGCUGCUAACUGUAGGAUUUGUACAGACUGGCAAACUAGCUGGGGAAAGGGAAACCAUGAAGAUGGGGUGUGGUUUUUAUUUUGGCUAAUUACUUUGUAGCGUUAAAAAAAUACCACGUGCAUGUCUCUCUGAAGCAUAGGAAGCCAAACGAUUUUCUUAUUCAAAGAGAAACUGACUCGACGGAAAUCAUUAUUUCUGUGCCAGUGAGAAAAGGGUGUGGUUCCAAUAAUCAGUGGUAAAUGUACAUACUGUGAGAUCAGUGCUAGAAAGUCCCAGAAACUUAAUGCGCCUCUCCAUAUCGAUAACGCAUGCCAAGCCUGAUUGAGCCUGACACACCCCAGAUUGCCCCCUGUGCAUGGGUGCAACUGAGGAGGCAUGAAGAACCCCUGGACUUCGUCCAGCUCAAACCCCUGACCCCUUUCCCUGCCCCUACCCGACUCCCCUGAUAUGUGUACUAGCCGUCCCCCGAUACCGUGUAGUGCAGUAUACUCUUCACCACUGCACUAUGCCCACUACCCACAUACAGGCCUUACCUACUGUCAACCUGUAUUUGUUCGAUAAUAUAUACAUGUAUAUUUAUAUAUCCAAGUUUAUGUAUUCACACAAUAUAUAGGCAUGCUUUGAACAAACAGUACACCAUCCCUCACGGAAAUCCCUGUUGCAAGUAGGCUGAGGCCAAUGCAGGGUGGGUACAUUGUGACUGGAGACACUGUAUGGUCUUAAUAGUACUGUAAUGCGCACACUGAUCUGUGACAUCAAUUAAAAAAAUGCCCAUUUGGUUUUUGUCAACUCGUGCACAAUAAAAUUUGCCCAUCUGCCCAUUACUGAGAAGUUUGGAUUUUUUUUUACUACUGAAUAAGCAAAUAGUGGGUCUUUCAUAGGGAUUGGUUGGCAUAAUACAUAUUGUUCAGUCCUACUUUUUGACGUUUAAGACUUGAUGAGCAAGAAAAGCACUGGUUCAGUGAAAGGCAUGACUGUCAUAACGGUCAACAGUUAUAUGGUGCCUGGAAAGAACACAGGGAACUAUUUCCUGGGUUUUAUGUCUCCGAGGUCAUAUCUGCUGAGUACAGACGAAGACUCUCAAUUCAAAGAUCCCUGGAGAUAAAGCUCAGGUGUACUGAUCAAAUUCUUUCUCAGCCCCAAGUAUAGACAACAAAGCACUUGAUACAUGCUGAACAUCCCCCAUCCACAGUCACUGAAAAUGGGAGCUAAAAAACCCGUCCAAAACCUUUGACCAAAAAGGCACCUUUCACAUUCAGUUACACAUAACUCAAUCAGUGCACUGUGGACAUUUUCCAUUGCUGGUUUUCCAGAACAAGAUAUUUUGGUGACCUCUAUCUAAAAGUGUUCAAGCAUCAUCUAAAAUGUGCACUGAUCUGGACUGAGAUUGAAAAAAAAAAACAUAACUGUGAAAUUUACAAAUGAUCAGGACCAUACAUUUGAUUGAGAAUAGUGUAUCUUCUUUUGUAUGUAUAUUGUUUUUUUUUUUACAAUGGCCAGUACAAAAUUUAAGAAAAUGUCAGUGAUGUCCAACUCAUGACUACUAUUUUCCACUGAAGAGAAUGAUUUUACAUACUGUCUUGUACGUCGCACAUAUCUUCAAAGACUGUUAUUGUGUAUUCAGUCAUCCACUGCUAAGACCUUGAAUGAAAUGUGACUUUCUAUCCAUGUAUCUUUUUAGCAGUUUAGUUCUCUUUUGGAUAUGUAUGUUUUUCAGACCUUUAUUGUGUACCUUUCGCAUGUAUGGAAUAAAGUUUAACAUGCAUGGAC